AUGAUCAUGGACGAGGCGACUGCAUCCAUGGACAUGGAAUCGGAUGCGCGCAUCCAGCGGUCAAUCCGAGAGGAUAUCCAAGGGUGCACUUUGCUGGUCAUUGCGCAUCGACUAUCGACCGUUGCGGAUUUCGAUCGGAUCCUCGUCAUGGAUGACGGGAAGGCAGUGGAGUUUGAUACGCCGGCAGCGCCGAUGGGUAUUGAAGACGGCAUUUUCCGGGGAUUAGUGGAGCAGAGCAGCGACAGGAAUGACGACCGACCUCAUGCCAAUGCCAGGCAAAGUAGCUGUCGCUGGCCCUGGGAAAGGUUCCAACCUCCUUCCGAGAUCGGGGAGGAAAGGCUCAGGAAGGAUUCCACGUUGGAAUCGGUUUCAGUCUCGGCUUCCUCUACUGGUGCCGGGUAA